AUGCCUGGCGAAAUAGAAAUAGAACACAAUGAUUCCAAGAUACGGCAUAUGUAUGAGACAGUUCUGGAUCACCGACACGGAUGGAACAAGGCCAUGACAACAUAUCUAAUCUGCAGGAUCAAUUCUGAAGACACCCCUUUGAUAAUACAAAACGCACAUGGCAACAAACAUGCAGAGGAACUAUUGCUAGAUGAACUGAAUCAAAGGGAUAAAUCGUUGUUGACCACAAUAACCAUAUAUACAAAUAAUUCUCCUUGCUCAAACAAGGGUCACGACUGCGCCAGGCAGUUGAUCAAGUUUCUCAAUGAAAACACUCACGUUAUUAUGGUAUUUUAUGUCACAAAUUUGUACAAGAUACGAAGGGUGUCUUGCAAAAGUGAAGAGCAUUAUUCACUUGUUUCCCAAGCCGACUUUAAAGCUAACAAUACUGGGCUAAAAGACAUGAUGACGCACGGCCGCUGCGUGGUCAGUGCAUUCAAUUACGCUGUUUGGUUUGAGUUGUUAAACAUUGCGCCUGUUUCAGAUGUAUUCAAGUCGCAACUUCUAGCAAGAUACAGAACUAUAUUGGACACGAAUGACAGAAGUCGAGAAGAAGAGGAUAAUCGUAUUAGAUCAGAUUUGGCGUAUAUUAGAUAAAUACCAUUUGUCUUGCAACAGCUUAAUCUUUAUGUUAUACU